AUGAUCGCUAAACACAAUGAUUUCGCAUCAUCUUACAGCGAUGAUGAUUUGGAUAUUGAUCGAAUUGUACAAAUGGAAUUGGAUGCAAUCAGUCUCGAUUAUGAUGAUAUACAACAAGAACAAGAUUAUGAUAUAGAUAAAGAAGAUGCAACGUUAUAUGAAGAUAUUAGUACUAGCCGGGAUGAAUUGGACCGUCAAAUGAAAGAAAGACUUGAAGCAUUUCAAAAUGAAAUUGAUUCAAAUUUCGAUACAUACAAAAUUGAUUAUGAUGAAAUAAAUAGUCUAUUGGAAAGAUCAACUGUAAAUACUCAAGAAAUCGAUGCACAAAUACAACGAAAAGUAGCGAAUGAAUGUGGUAUUAAUGAAGUUCAACUUAGAGAUAUGCUACAAAAUAUAAAUAAUGAGAUUUAUAUUCCAAUUGAAUAUGAUGAAUCCAAUGAUUUAGAUUAUACUUCAAUUAGCAGAGCCCGAAGUGCAAUGUUAUCCACCAGUCGGUCGGUUGUUUCACCUAAUAUUCAAGACGAGAUUGCAACAAAUGACGUAGAACAGGAGCAAAAGAAUGAAUCUCAACGAUUAAUUGAAGAAGAACAGAAUCGUCGCGAUGAAGAACGAAUAGCUGAAUCAAGACGAAAAAUGACCGAAGAAUUGGCUAUUUUAGAACAACGACGAAAUGCAAGUUUUUUGAUUUUAUUAAACAAAUUUGGACGUUCAACAUUAUUAAUAAUCGAAGAGAAAGAAGAAGCGACUAAAGUACAAGUGAACGCCAUUUUAGAAGAUAAUAAGAGAAACAAUAAUACUCAAUUAUUAUCGAAUGAUGUUCCCAUCAUACUUCUAGAGGAUAGAAAAAUGAAUCCUCUAUUAAAAUCAAAUGAAGAACAACAAACAAACUCAAAAUCGAAUAAUAUCGUGAAGAAAAUCACGACAAAGUCAGAAAUUGAGCAGAAAAAACGCAUAAAAAAAUUAAAACCACAUGAUGUAAAUAACAACAAUCAACCGAGUAUUGUUGAAGAAAAUAAACAACAAAAACUAAAUGCAAUUAUUAUAGAUACCCCAAAUAUACAACAAUCAUCAGUACCAAUAAGAAACAGUAAUAAAUUAGAAAACAUUACUCCUGUGAUCAAUGAAAAUCAAGAAGUAAAUAAAACCAGUGAUACAAAUAUAUCUACCACCAUAAACGAGAUUAAACAUAAAAUGACUACACCGUCAAAAUUAGCUGAAAAUCACAUUAACGACAAUAAUUAUUCAAAACCUUCAUCCGCUACUAGAAAAAAAAGUAUUGUGGCCCACAAUGAAACUCAAAUUUGUGACCCAUCUUCUGCACUGGAAAAUGAUAAACAAGAGAAGAAGAUUUUAGAACCAAUGAUUCUUUCGUAUAGUAGUAGCGUAUCCUGUUCACGACCUAAUUCAGCGAAAAAAAAUAUUGUAAUCGAAUCAGCAGAAUUGAACAAUUAUGACGUUCAAUCAAACUACUUUUCUUCCAGUUUGACGCCACGACCAAUAUCUGCCAUAAAAGAUCCCAUGUUACAGAAUACAUCUGACGAGAUUAACAACAUUCUUACUACGUCAGAAAUUAAGCCAGUUCAAAACCAACAAAUUUUUCCACCGCAGGAAAAUCCACUGAAUCAGGCGAAAAAUAUUAACGUUGAACUAUUAAAGGAACAACAGAAACAAGAAGUGCUAGAAGACAAUUUUAUUGAGCCCAUGAUUGAUGAAAAUUUUUUGAAUAAAGCAAAAUCAUGGAUAUUAAACGUUGACACAUAUUCAUCUAUUAUCGAAGAAGAAUUGAAAUAUCAAACAUCGAACUUCACGAGUUCAAAACACAAUCCACCACGGAUAUCAUCUGCCAAGAGAUUACCGAGUUUAGAUGAAAAUAUCCUUUCAAAAGCAACUGAACACAGACCUUCAGAUGAGGUGAUGGAAAUUAUUCUUGAAAAAUUGCCAACUUGUUCUCUCGAACCAUUGAAUUUGUUUAAAAAUUUGACAUUUCUUACAUUACGUAAUUGUAAAAUGGGUCAACUAAUUGGUUUAGAUGAAUGUUCAAAUUUAACUAUGCUUGAUAUUGAGAACAAUUGGAUUGAAACAAUGUAUUUGAAGAAAUUAAACAAGUUAGAAUAUUUGAAUGCAUCUAGAAAUCGUCUAACAUCAUUAUUAGGCAUUAGUGAUUGUACUAAACUUCGUUAUAUCAAUUUGAUUAAAAAUCGUUUGACACGAUUGAGUAAGCCAUGUCUUUACUUGUAAACUCACCAGGGAACCGACCCAAGUGUUCCCGAGCUUUUUCGUCGAAACAUACAUAGGCAUAGGUUAUCACUGAUGCUGAUUUCGAAUAUCAUAGUCGGAGCGGCAUACGAGUCCUUGGAGGUUCGAUUUUCUAGAAAAUCAGUUUUUCAAAAACUCUAAAAAAUAACCAAAACAUUUCUUAAUGAGACAUGAUUGUAGUCCGCAAAUUUCUGAUUAAAAUGAGACAUCUUCCAGCUCUACACGACUUUUCUUUGCAAAGUUAUAGAAUUUACAAGAAAAGCCCUAAAUUAUAUUCUUAUUUCUGUAGCUUUUAGCUGACAAUGAUCAUUUAGGACUUUUCUGGCAAAUUGCAUAACUUUGCA